UCGUUAUUGACAUCAUAGAACAUAUUUUUUCCCUCUUUUUCAACUUUUCUUUUUACUUUUUGCUUUGUUUAUUAUUGUUACAGUUUUGACAUGCACGGUUACACGUAACUAAAGCAUGCGCAGGAAUGUCAAGCCUUGGAACCUUGUAUCUAUCUGCGUGUUGCAAUAAUAAUAGUGACAUCACCAACAGCUCCAGCGUAUUCGGUUCAGCAUCACCACUGGUUUCAGCGUUAUUUGCGAAGGAAAUCAUGAUGAGUUCGAUCCAUGGUAACCAUAUAAAAGGGGGCAAUUCACACUCACCUGAUUUGGCCGUCGGAUUAUGGGCCUGUUCCUUACCUGUGCUAAAUUUGUUUUAUAUCGCCCCCGUUCUCAAGCUUUUAAGAGCCAUAUGUCGAAGAAAAUUUUGUAGGUAAAAGUCUACCAUUGCUUGACAACAUACACAUGUCGAUUCAACAUCUCACCCUUCCAAACUGCCUGAUUGUUCCGAUUGUUCGUCUUCCACCAGAUCCGGACUCCUGGCACACCCUACAAUCCCCCCUGCAAAACCUAUGCCGGAGGAAACGUCGAACUUCCCCGCCCAUGAAGCUCGGGAUGCCCAGAUUGCGGAAUACGAAGAAGACGUAAAUAAUGAAUCCAAUAGCGAUGAUUCAUCCACUCCCGAUGACGAAGAGAGCUCUAGGUUCCAACUCGUCAGGUCGUUAACCAGAGAUAGCCUGCCAGAGCUCUCAAGAAUAGCAUCCGUUUUCCCCCAUGAUGAACAGUAUCCCCUAACGGGUGACCUGGACAGAAGAGAUACUGUGACUGGCCUUCAGCUAGGGGAUGCUAUCCUAAACCCUUCCAAUCCACAAUUCGAUUUCUUCAAAUGGACUCGCAAGCUGAUGCGAUUGAUGGAGGAGGAGGGCAUAAAGAGACGCCGUACGGGACUUACAUUCAAAAAUCUCUGUGUUUACGGUUCUGGUUCUGCAUUACAGUUGCAGAGCACGGUUUCUACUCCGCUCAUGGCUCCUAUCCGGUUUCGCGAAACCUUCGGUAUCGGCCAGAAAACUCAGAAGCGAAUUCUUAAGGAUUUCAAUGGGACGCUCAGGGAAGGCGAAAUGCUUGUUGUCUUAGGUCGACCUGGGAGUGGGUGCAGUACGUUUUUGAAGUCUAUCUGCGGCGAAACGCACAACCUUAUUCUCGGAAAAGACACAGUGAUCCAUUAUAACGGUAUUCCCCAAAAGACCUUCGUUAAAGAAUUUCGAGGGGAGGCUGUCUAUAGUGCGGAAGACGAAAAUCAUUUCCCUCAUCUCACCGUUGGACAGACCUUGGAGUUUGCCGCUUCUUGUCGGACACCAGCUGCCAGAGUCAUGGGAAUGACUAGGAAGAGAUUUGCCCGUCAUAUAACGAAAGUUGUCAUGGCUAUAUUUGGCUUGAGCCACACAGUCAACACCAAGGUCGGCGAUGAUUAUGUGCGAGGUGUCAGCGGUGGUGAACGAAAGCGCGUUAGUAUUGCGGAGCUUGCAUUGUCUGGUGCGCCCCUGGCCUGCUGGGACAAUGCAACUAGAGGAUUGGAUGCUGCCACCGCCCUUGAGUUCACUCAAGCGUUGCGAGUCGGGGCUGAUGUUACGGGAGGGACACAUGCCGUUGCCAUUUAUCAAGCAAGUCAGGCCAUCUACGAUAUCUUCGACAAAGCCAUUGUUAUUUAUGAAGGACAUCAAAUAUACUUCGGACCUGCUAGGGCUGCGAAGAAAUACUUCGAAGACAUGGGAUGGUACUGCCCUCCGCGGCAAACAACUGGCGAUUUUCUCACGUCCGUGACGAACCCUAUCGAACGAAGAGUUCGGAAAGGGUUCGAGUCCAAAGUUCCCCGGACUGCGCAGGAGUUUGAAGCAUACUGGCGCCAAUCUCAGGCAUUCAAGGACAUGCAGGCUGAAAUAGCAGAAAGCGAGAAAGAACACCCCAUAGGUGGGCCAGCUUUGGGAGAAUUGCGUGAAGCGCAACAGCAGGCCCAAGCGAAGCACGUCCGCCCAAAGUCUCCAUAUACCAUUUCGAUGGCCAUGCAAGUGAAGCUGUGCACCAUCCGUGCCUACCAACGCCUAUGGAAUGACAAGGCAUCAACGAUAUCCAGAGUGGCUGCGCAGCUAAUAAUGUCUUUGAUUAUUGGAUCGCUAUAUUUCAAUACGCCACAAGUUACCAGCAGUUUCUUCUCAAAAGGCUCGGUCCUAUUCUUCGCUAUUUUACUAAAUGCCUUGCUUUCUAUAUCCGAAAUCAAUACGCUCUAUGCCCAACGGCCCAUCGUCUCUAAGCAUGUAUCCUUCGCCUUUUAUUACGCCUGGGUGGAAGCAUUCGCAGGAAUAGUCGCUGACAUCCCUAUAAAGUUCGUCAUAAGCACUGUCUUCAACAUUAUUAUCUACUUCCUCGGUGACCUGAGGAGGGAACCUGGAAAUUUCUUCAUUUUCUUCCUCUUCACGUUUAUCACUAUGUUGACUAUGUCUGUGAUUUUCCGAACGCUUGCCGCCGCAACAAAAACUAUUUCCCAGGCACUCGCGUUCGCGGGAGUAAUGGUGCUGGCAAUUGUCAUAUAUACCGGUUUCACUAUUCAGCGAUCCUAUAUGCACCCAUGGUUCGAAUGGAUCAGCUGGAUCAACCCAGUAGCAUAUGCAUUCGAAGCCAUCUUAGUAAAUGAAGUGCAUAAUCAACGUUACGCGUGCGCAGAUAUCGUUCCGCCCUACGGCCAGGGGGAUAAUUUUCAAUGCCCAAUUGCCGGUGCCGUACCGGGUGAAAGGUCUGUGUCCGGCGACGCAUGGGUUGAAUCACAAUAUGGUUAUAAGUAUUCGCAUCUUUGGAGAAACCUUGGUUUCAUCUGCGCCUUCCAGGGCUUCUUUUACGUGCUUUACCUUGUUGCGACACAGAUGAACACCAGCUCAGGCUCAUCGGCAGAUUACUUAGUAUUCCGACGCGGGAACGUUCCUAAAUACAUGUUAGAACAGCAGGACGAGGAAAAUGGCAAAGUAAUCCGUCCGGAUGACGUUGCUGUUGCUGCUCCUCAGAAUGGAGCCAACGGGGAAGAUACCACCAAGGUUCUCCCCCCCCAAACUGACAUUUUUACUUGGCGAAACGUCGUCUAUGACAUCACAAUUAAAGGGGAGCCGAGGAGGCUACUUGACCACGUCUCUGGAUGGGUCCGCCCGGGCACUCUCACGGCAUUGAUGGGCGUCUCUGGUGCAGGUAAAACGACACUACUUGACGCACUUGCACAGCGGAUUUCCAUGGGCGUUAUCACCGGGGAUAUGUUUGUUAAUGGAAGGCCACUCGACCGGUCCUUCCAGCGGAAAACAGGCUACUGCCAACAGCAGGAUCUUCACCUUGAGACGACCACAGUCCGUGAGGCGCUUCGCUUCUCUGCCAUGCUGAGACAGCCAAAGACUGUUUCAAAGGCUGAAAAAUACGAAUUUGUGGAGGAUGUGAUCAAGAUGCUGAACAUGGAAGACUUUGCUGAAGCAGUUGUCGGCAAUCCGGGCGAAGGUCUCAAUGUAGAGCAGCGAAAGCUUCUCACCAUCGGUGUUGAAUUAGCUGCAAAACCACAACUUCUACUUUUCCUUGAUGAACCUACUUCCGGCCUCGAUUCGCAGAGUUCAUGGGCCAUCAUUUCUUUCCUCCGAAAGCUCGCCAACAAUGGCCAAGCUGUGCUCUCUACGAUCCAUCAGCCGUCCGCAAUCUUGUUUCAGGAGUUUGAUAGACUACUGUUUCUGGCAAAUGGCGGCAAGACUGUCUACUUUGGGGACAUCGGGGAAAAUUCCGAGAUCAUGCUCAAAUACUUUACAGAUCACGGGGCUGAACCCUGUGGCCCUGAUGAGAACCCAGCAGAAUACAUGCUGAACAUUGUGGGAGCGGGGCCCAGCGGUAAAUCGACGCAGGACUGGCCAGAAGUGUGGAAAGCUAGUCCACAAGCGAGGGAAGUUCAAGAGGAGCUGGAUCGCAUACAUGCAGAGAGGACAAAGGAGGAACCUGCUUCUGAGCCAGAGGAGGAGCCCUCGAUAACAGAAUUUGCCAUGCCCAUGACAUCACAGAUAUACCAUGUUACUCUUCGAGUUUUUCAACAAUAUUGGAGGACGCCGACAUACGUCUGGGGAAAGUUUUUGCUGGGUUUUAUGUCUGCUGUCUUCAUAGGCUUCUCAUUCUAUGGACAAAACUCGUCUUCUUCGGGAUUUCAAAAUACGGUUUUCUCGAUUUUUAUGUUGAUGACCAUCUUUACUAGUCUUGUCCAACAGAUAAUGCCCCUAUUUGUUACCCAACGGUCUCUUUUCGAAGUCCGCGAAAGACCAUCGCGCGCAUACAGCUGGAAAGCCUUCCUACUCGCAAACAUCAUCGUGGAAAUCCCCUAUCAAAUACUCCUUGGAAUAAUCGUCUGGGCAUCCUUCUACUUCCCGGUUUUCGGCAAGAACCAAACGGCCGAGCAGCAAGGCAUAUUCAUCCUCUACUGCGUGCAAUUUUUCAUCUUCACAUCUACCUUCGCUCACAUGGUAAUCGCCGGUCUCCCUGAUGCAGAAACUGCAGGACACAUUGCCACAACCCUCUUCAGUUUAGCCCUUGUCUUCAACGGCGUCAUGCAGCCUCCCAGAGCCCUUCCAGGGUUUUGGAUCUUCAUGUGGCGCGUCUCCCCAUUAACCUACACCGUCGGCGGUAUGGCCGCCACAGGCCUCCAUGACCGCGAGGUGCAGUGCGCAGAUAACGAAUUCGCCAUCUUCGACCCGCCUAGCGGCGCCACAUGUGAGGAAUAUCUCGAACGAUACCUCGCCGCGGGCGCACCGGGUCGUUUGCUCAACCCCGGCGCCACGGAGGCAUGCAGAUACUGUCCCAUUCGGAGUGCGGACCAGUUCCUCGCGACGUCUGAGAUAUUUUGGUCAAACCGCUGGCGCAAUUUCGGGUUUGGGUGGGCGUAUAUUGGGUUUAAUGUGUUUGCGGCGGUGUUGUUGUAUUACAUGCUGCGAGUGAGGAGUUCGAAGGGGAAGACGAGCAAGUGGGCGAGUUUGAUGAAGCAUUAUUUGUGCCGUGCGGGGAGUUGGGUCAGGGCGUUGUUUACGAUGCGGUUUGAGAAGACACCGCAGGAGAAGAUUCAUUUGAAUCAGAAUCUUCUUUGAGAGGGGUGAGAAGAUUGGAGGAUAGAGAGGGACUUUUGCCAGUGGGUGGAGAGAGGAGGGGUAGCAUGUUUGGUUGAACAUAUUUGCACUUGGUUUUGGCUUUCUGUCAUAUGUUUAUUAACUAUGUCGCGCGCCUUUAUUACUUAAUAUCCACCGUUUAGUUAUUUUUACUUCCUGAAUAUAUGGCAUUUUGGUAUUGAAUUCAAAUGAUAUUUUGAGUUCUUAUUUCUUCUUCCCUUGCUCAUUUGACCCAAAUGUCACUAUAGGCUGCCGUAGAUUCGAAGGAAUUUCAACACCGGGAGGUUCUACCUGGAUGCUACCUAGUUGCAAGUUGCAAGCAACUGGUCAAGGAAUUUCACACAAAGUCACUGAAGAGGCCAAACCUUGCCAAGCUCAAAAGGUUCAAAGAGGAUGCACUGGAAAGAUACAACAAGACAGCUCAUAGAGCAACUGACAACCACUGGCCUCUGCCCAUGCCAAACCCCUGACAAAAAGGAUGUCUGUUUGAGGUACAAAUGAUCACUAAAUACAUGGUAAUUAUCUAAAAACUCUGUUAGGUAUCUACAUUUACAGUAGUAUCAGAUGAAGUAAAAUUGGCCGUAUAUCCUAA